UUCUUCGAUCACAGCAUUCAGAGCUGACGGGUUGUUUAGUUCAGCACCAGGAGAUUUCCGGCCCAGUUUGAUGUCAAUGUAGGAAGGUAUUGGUUUGGUUUUUAAUACAUAUUACGCAAAGAGCACACGAGAUGAAGAUGCUACUCUUCUUGUCUGUGAUAACCGUUUGUUUGCAUCUCUACGCAACGCAAGUGUCGGCAGAAUGCUACUCCCCAUCGUUCAACUUUGCGAGUUACACCCAUCCCGAGCUGUUAGAUCUCACAACUCCACCGGGUAGCGUGAUUGCAAGCUUCCCCGUAGAGAACGUACGAUCGGCCACCGUAGUGCAACAGCCCAGCUACCUCGAAGCACGCAUCGUCGGAACGGAUCUGCAAUUUCUCACUACGGCGGCCUUCGCGCAGUACGAAGAGCGCGAGAUACAAACAGUGAUAAUACUUCAAGUUUCCUAUCAGUGCACCACCUCCACAAAAAAUGGACUCUAUCGACACAAUCUAAAGCUGGCCAACAAUCAUGCGCCGAGCUUUCUGCAGGAUGCUUACGAAGCCGUAGUUCCGCUACCACUACCAAAACACUUUGACGUUACGCCGUUCAUUACGAACGGAGCAGGAAUAAUGGCGCGGGACAUUGAUUUGAUAAACAAUGCUGUUACGUUCAGUGUGACUGAGAACGAUUACAUGCUUAUAGAGAGCCACACCGUGCUGAAUGAUCCGAAGCAGUUUAAAGCAAUCCUGCGGCUCAAGGAGCAGGUGUUAAAGAUGCCCAACAAGCUGGAACUUACCGUCACGGCCACUGAUGCUGGUGUGCCUCAAAAAUCCACCCAAGUUAGUGUUGUUAUCGAUCCGGAUCUUUCCAUCGUGUACGAUGAUCCUCCCGUGUUUAAGGAAACGUUCAUUAACACUACCAUCGAAAAGGAUCUACUUCUUCGGGUGGAGUUAAUUCCCGGUACCGAAACGUACGAUGUACAGUACAGCUUGCAAGGUACGGAUGCUCAAUACUUCACACAAACGGUGUGGGAGAAUAAUACUGGGAUGGAUUUGAAAAUGAUCGAUCUAGGGGACAUCCCAAAAGCGAAACCAAUACUCAAUGUUGUCGCCGUUGCUAAACGUAGUCAGUUACAAGCGACAUCCUGUGUGGUAUUGGUCCAUAUUCCACCGGAUAGCGAUCCGGAAGUUCCCGCCACAACGGUAGACAAAGUGUUGAGUGUGUUGCAUUUGAACGAGAUGUCCGAACAUCAGGACAUAUUUCCUCUCGCGAUAGAGAGUUGCACCUACAGCAUACAAUCUCAAACGCCUGGUGAUUAUUUCUUCAUAGAAGAUGCAACAAUACCUUCGCUAUCCUCGAAAGCAUUCGAUCGAGAAGAUAAGGAUCUGUUUAGUGGUUUGGAUUUUCCUCAAUUUUGGAUUGUGCUUAAGCUAGCUUGUCCAGUCCCAUCGACGACUAAAACGGAACUGGAAUCGCAUACCAACUGGAAUCGUUCAGGACCGAUGAGAGAUAUUGAGUUUUCAACCGAUCUAACGCACCUCAACAUCAUCGUGGAUGAUGUAAAUGACAACAGCCCUGUGUUCAGCUUUCCACCCAACGAUGCACAGUUCGCUUUUCCAACAGCUUACCUUGCACGGAAAAUGCUUCCCGACCGAUUGCUUCAAGUCGAAGCGAGUGAUCUGGACGAAGGACUCAACGCUGUUAUUCGAUACUCGCUGGCAGCAAACGAUCACUUCGAUAUCGAUCCACGAACUGGUGUGAUUUUCCCACUCAAAUCAGCGCUUGACAGCGAAGAAAGUGUCUCGCUGGAAAUAAUCGCGACUGAUCGUGACGGAGCUCAGGAUGGAAAUGUAUCCAAAGUGAAGAUUCGCGUUUUUAAAGCUACCGAUGAACAAUUGGUGGUGCUGACAGUGAAAAAUAUUGAUCCAAACACAUUUGAAAGCUUGUUGAAUGAGAUCAGCCUUAAGGAGGGCAUUCAGAUGGAAACGGUUCGAAAUGUGUUCUCGGUUGAUGGAGAGGAGUUGAAAGUAAAACGACGCUCGACAAACGAACAAUACAGCACAACAGCGAUCGUGUAUGCUUUCAAAAAGGAUCGACUGCUGCCCCGUGAUGAUCUUAUAGGAGCUUUCAAGUCGAUGGACGCCAAUUUUACCAUGAUUUUCACAAAGUUAAAUGACUUGUACGCUGUACAACCGAAGAUCGUCGAAUCCGAUACAACCGCGAUCUAUCCCUACAUUAUAGUUGCUGCCUUUUUUGGCACACUUGUGGUUGCCAUGGGAGCGGCUGCACUCUACUAUCGAAACAAAAUACGACGAGCGAACAAUUCUUCCACUUCCUCACUUUCACGAUCGUCGAACAUUUCCGAUUCAAUAAUAGUGCAGCAUGAUCAUAAGGCUCCGUCAAGCACACCACCGGUGGAAAAUGGCAGUACACACCCUAUAACCAAUGCACGCUCACUCAGUGAUCUGUUGGCUAUUGUGGAAGAUACCGAGCAGGAGAAUGAAAAGACGGAACCUAAGCCACCCACCCAGCAGGAUCGUAAGAAGAGUAUCAAGUUUAGCGAUCAUGUGGAACGAAUUGAAGUGUUCGACAAAUACCCCACAAGCUAGGUAUUAAUCUUGAUUUGGUAGAUCCUGAACUAUUUCACUGUUAUCAGAUAAGCUUGUUUAGUACAAAACAUUGGUAUUACCAUGUACAUUUAAAUGUAAAACAUCUUUGAUUUGCCGCUCUCAUGCGCCACCAGACGAAAAACGGUAGUUUCAAAUAAAAAUAGUUAAUGCUGGCAGCGCCAUCUAGCGGUGGGUUACCUAACUACCUAA